AUGUUGCUAAACAAAGGCGAACCAGAAUCACUGGCAGAUUCAGGUGAUGUAAUAUCAGAAGGCAAGCUUGAAUCAAGGUGUACAUCUGCGCUACUUAAACCAGAUGUAAAUUUAUCCAGUGCCAGUUUUACCGUGUGCACUUCUUCUGAAAGUGAAAAUGAAAGUGAUGCAGAGUCUUCAUCAGAGAACAACGAUCACAAUUGGUUGACUUGUGCUGGCGAAUUAUCAUACGUGGUUGAAGAUCUCAAGAGGGCAUCAGAAUUAGUGGAUGAAGUAAAAAGUGAUACUUGUCCUGCGAUAGAAACUUUCUUGACCAAUGCUGAGGAACUAACACAACGAAUUUGUAAGAAUUCCAAUAAAAUCAGGAAAAUGAGCAGCGCUUUGUUGAAGGAAAUGGAAGAAAAAAAGAGAGCUGCAGCGCCAAAUGACGAAGAAAUUGUCGUGUCAGUAUCAAGCCAUGAUCCUGGUGAGAGAUACAAAGUAAAUUCACUCACUGAAAAGAAGUACAUCAUAAAAUUGGGACCACACCAGCCUAAGUUAUCUGUUUUCCCACAGCAUGAAGAUAUCCCCCAACGUCAGCUAGAUUAA